AUGAGCUACCUCUCGCGGCCUGUGAACGGAAUGCCCGGCUCUGGGGCAGAAGGCCAGUCCCCUCACCAGAGGUUGAGCCGGUGGAUGCUGGACAUUUCCGGGGACCGGGGUGUGCUGAAGGACAUCGUCCGAGAGGGUGCUGGCGAGCUGGUGACGCCGGACGCGUCCGUGCUAGUGAAAUAUUCUGGGUACCUGGAGCACAUGGACAAGCCUUUUGAUUCUAAUUGCUUUAGGAAAACUCCUCGGCUCAUGAAGCUUGGAGAAGAUAUCACACUUUGGGGCAUGGAGCUGGGCAUUCUGAGUAUGCGGAGGGGAGAGCUGGCCAGGUUUCUGUUCAAACCAACCUAUGCCUAUGGAACACUGGGCUGCCCGCCCUUGAUCCCCCCGAAUAGCACUGUCUUGUUUGAGAUUGAGCUGCUUGACUUCCUGGAUUCUGCUGAAUCAGACAAAUUUUGUGCCUUGUCAGCGGAGCAACAAGAUCAAUUUCCACUUCAGAAGGUCCUAAAAGUGGCAGCUACUGAACGAGAGUUUGGCAACUACCUUUUCCGCCAAAAUCGUUUCUACUAUGCCAAAGUGAGAUAUAAACGGGCCUUGUUGCUUCUCCGCCGGCGCUCAGCACCCCCUGAAGAGCAGCACCUGGUGGAAGCUGCCAAGCUGCUUGUUCUCCUUAACCUCUCCUUUACGUACUUGAAGCUGGAACAACCCACUAGAGCCCUGCACUAUGGAGAGCAGGCUCUGAUUAUUGACCAAAAGAAUGCCAAAGCCCUCUUCCGGUGUGGACAGGCCUGUCUCAUCAUGACUGAGUAUCAGAAGGCCCGGGAUUUUCUAGUCCGAGCCCAAAGGGAACAGCCUUUCAAUCAUGACAUCAAUAAUGAGCUGAAGAAACUGGCCAGCUGUUACAGGGACUACACAGAUAAAGAGAAAGAAAUGUGCCAUCGAAUGUUCGCUCCUUAUGAUAAUGGCUCCACAGUAGAAGAAAAUUCAAGAUUCUUCAACUAACUGCAAGCAAGAGAAGUGAGGCUGCUGGAGUUCUCCCUGGUACUGGUGGG